AUGGCUGAUGGUUUGGAUGACGAUGUUGUGGGGGUUUCGCCCCCUCCUGAGAUGGAUCUCAUCGAUAGCGAGAUGGAGUCAGCAUAUUGGACUGGUCGCUUUAUGGCGGCAUCGGAUCGGAUUCAGAGCCACACGAUUUUGGGACGCCAAUCCAUUCCCCGAAACGCAGCUGCCAGCACUUUUGACGAGAUGGAAUGUCUGGUGCCCGCAGACCUUGAAUUGAGCCGGCCCUGUACUGAUGGUAGUGGCCUGACGGGAGGCAACGCCAAAGGUUCCAUGGCUACCUUCACAGUUGGCAGCGACAAGACGAUCUGGUCGGACGGGAAGCAAUAUGUUGUCCUCACCGACGAAGAGCGUAUCAAGAGGGCAUUUAGGUAUCUCGAGAAAUGCUGCGUCACACCCGAAGCUCUCAACAGCUUUUACACAUGGCAAGAGCAGUUCGCCAGGUCAGAGGGACAAGAGUGUCUGCUUCCAGUCGGGGAAGCAUGA